AUGUUCUUUCAAAAGGCGAGUGAGCGACUCAAUAAGACAACCUUCCAGAGCCAGAUUUGGGUCCGAGAUUUUCCGAAGUUUGCUAUCAAUGCUCAUUUCAGAGACAAAUUCCCUGCAUGGCAGAACUCGAUUCGCCACAAUUUGAGCCUGAACGACUGCUUUGUGAAAAUUCCUCGUGAGCCUGGCAAUCCUGGAAAAGGCAACUACUGGUCGUUGGAUCCAAAAGCCCAAGAUAUGUUCGACAAUGGCUCCUUCCUGCGACGGCGAAAAAGGUUCAAGCGACAACCUGAGCCGCAGGACAUGUCGCCGAUCGGUUUUCCACCAUUUCUGUCCUCGAUCGGACCAAUGGUGCCUUCACGAUUGCCGCUCCCGAUGCCGUCGAUCCUUCCACCUCUUCCACCAACUGCACCACAGCUGCCGUCAUCACUGCCCCGUCAUCCGAUGGCCAUGGUGCCAACGAUGAUGCCCAACGUGCCACCU